UAACGCUAGAUACCAGGUAGAUCCAAGCUAAAUAUGAAAGUUGUGCUCUUAACGUGCGUGGUAAUUUUGGCUGCGUUCCACAUGGUUCGUGCUGAACCAGUUGGAAAAUGUCCCGGAAAGAACCAGAAAGCAGUUGACUUUCUUGUCGAUUCCAAUGACUGCAAGAUUUUUUACAAAUGUUCUUGGGGAACACCGAUAAUAUUCUAUUGUCCCGGUGGAUUACAUUUCAACAAAGAUUUGAACAUUUGUGAUUGGCCACAUCAAGCUGGAUGUGAAGGAGGUAAUAACGGAGGAAGCAACGAAGAUAUUGGAGGAGGUUCAAACUCUAGUUCAAGUGAAGAAUCCGCAGAAACACCAAAACCUGAACCAGAGCCGGAACCAGAACCCGAACCUGAAAAUCCCAGCGAGGAAAGUAAGAGUUCUGAAAGCAAUUCCCAAGAAUUAUCUGAAGAAAAACCAGAACCUGAGCCAGAACCAGAACCCGAACCGGAAAGACCCAGCGAAGAAAGCAAAAGCUCUGAAAGCAAUUCAGAAGAAUCAUCUGCAGAAACACCAAAACCUGAACCAGAGCCGGAACCAGAACCUGAACCUGAAAAUCCCAGCGAAGAAAGUAAGAGCUCUGAAAGCAAUUCCCAAGAAUCAUCUGCAGAAACACCAAAACCUGAACCAGAACCAGAACCCGAACCUGAACGACCCAGCGAAGAAAGCAAAAGCUCUGAAAGCAAUUCCGAAGAAUCAUCAGCAGAAACACCAAAACCUGAACCAGAGCCGGAACCAGAACCCGAACCUGAAUUACCCAGCGAAGAAAGCAAGAGCUCUGAAAGCAAUUCCCAAGAAUCAUCUGAAGAACAACCAGAACCUGAGCCAGAACCAGAACCUGAACCUGAAAGACCCAGCGAAGAAAGUAAGAGCUCUGAAAGUAGUUCUCAGGAGUCAUCUGAAGAGAAACCAAAACCUGAACCUGAGCCAGAACCAGAACCUGAAAACCCCAGCGAAGAAAGUAAGAGUUCUGAAAGCAGUUCUCAGGAAUCAUCUGAAGAAAAACCAGAACCUGAGCCAGAACCAGAACCCGAACCUGAAAGACCCAGCGAAGAAAGUAAGAGCUCUGAAAGCAGUUCUCAGGAAUCAUCUGAAGAAAAACCAAAACCUGAACCUGAGCCAGAACCAGAACCUGAAAACCCCAGCGAAGAAAGUAAUAGUUCGGAAAGCAAUUCCCAAGAAUCAUCUGAAGAAAAACCAAAACCUGAACCUGAGCCAGAACCAGAACCUGAAACCCCCAGCGAAGAAAGUAAGAGUUCUGAAAGCAGUUCUCAGGAAUCAUCUGAAGAAAAACCAGAACCUGAGCCAGAACCAGAACCCGAACCUGAAAGACCCAGCGAAGAAAGUAAGAGCUCUGAAAGCAGUUCUCAGGAAUCAUCUGAAGAAAAACCAAAACCUGAACCUGAGCCAGAACCAGAACCUGAAAACCCCAGCGAAGAAAGUAAUAGUUCGGAAAGCAAUUCCCAAGAAUCAUCUGAAGAAAAACCAAAACCUGAACCUGAGCCAGAACCAGAACCUGAAACCCCCAGCGAAGAAAGUAAGAGUUCUGAAAGCAGUUCUCAGGAAUCAUCUGAAGAAAAACCAAAACCUGAACCUGAGCCAGAACCAGAACCUGAAACCCCCAGCGAAGAAAGUAAGAGUUCUGAAAGCAGUUCUCAAGAAUCAUCUGAAGAGAAACCAGAACCUGAGCCGGAACCAGAACCCGAACCUGAAAGACCCAGCGAAGAAAGUAAGAGCUCUGAAAGCAGUUCUCAGGAAUCAUCUGAAGAAAAACCAAAACCCGAAUCUGAAAAAUCUAGCGAAGAAAGCAACAGUUCCGAAAGUGGAAGUUCUGGAAGUUNGAACCUGAGCCGGAACCAGAACCCGAACCUGAAAGACCCAGCGAAGAAAGUAAGAGCUCUGAAAGCAGUUCUCAGGAAUCAUCUGAAGAAAAACCAAAACCCGAAUCUGAAAAAUCUAGCGAAGAAAGCAACAGUUCCGAAAGUGGAAGUUCUGGAAGUUCCGAUGAAUCUAAAUCAAGCAAAUCAAGUGAAGAAAAUUCCAACUCCAGCUCUGAUGAAAGCUUCCGUUUCUUACCCAAAUUCUUACGAUUUCUUUGACUCUUUAAGCACAAAUUUAAUGUGA